UAGUGGAGCUGAACUUAAGCUCAUGACAAAUAUGGACGAAUACUUGAUGGUUGAGAAUAGUAUUCGAGGAGGGAUGACAAUGGCAAGUUACCGAUAUGCUAAAGCGAAUAAUCCUAAAUGUCCUGACUAUGAUUCUAGCAAGCCAAAGUUUUGGGUACUAUAUGAGGAUUUUAAUGCUUUAUAUUCAGGUACAAUGAUGCAAUAUAUGCCCACAGAAAUAUUAGAAAAGGUAGGUCCAGAGAAAGUUUCAGAUAUUCGAAGUAUUGCGCCUGAUGCAGAAAUAGGUUAUACACUUAAAGUUGAUCUAGAAGUUCCAGUACAUUUGCAUGAUUUCUUUGCAGACUAUCCGUUAGCGCCUGAAAAGCAAAUAGUUUCAGAAGACUGGCUUAGCUUGUAUAAUGAAAGAUUAGUCUAUGAUAAAGAAGUCGGAGGUGGAAAAUACAUGUCCAGAGAGAAGUUAGUUCAGACCCUUUUUACUAAGAAGAAUUAUGUAGUUCACUAUCGAGCUCUCCAGACAUAUAUGAAGUUCGGAAUGAAGGUUACAAAAGUUCAUAGCGCUCUCAAGUUUAGGCAAUCUCCGUGGAUGAAAGAAUAUAUUGAGGAAAAUAUUCGCAAACACAAAAUAGCCAAGGUUAAUGGAGAUGAGUUUGGG